AAAAACUAGAACCUGCCAGGCUGAGCUUCGAACGCCUCGCGAUGAAUAUCGGAUUGAGCCGUAAUGCGAUCUGCGUUGCACCACACUCCGCCGCCACUGAUUCACUUUCACCGGGCUGACUGCUUUCCAACGGUGGGGGGGGGGUCCAGAAGGGGUAAGAGAGGAGAGGGGUGGUGCGUCGUCGACGUGCGAGCAGAGCAAGUGCAUGACAAUCGUCCGAGGAAGCGGUCUCUACACCGACCAAUACAAGAUGUUGAUGGGCAUGGUAGUGCUGUCAGUGGUGGGCGUGGCCAGCAUACAGGCGCACCCUCACCCGAUUGGCCUGCUGUCCAGUGUCGACGGAGAUGCCAGCAUAGUAGUCAAGCAGUCGCCCUUCUCUGUGAGGACACUGCGAGACAGUUCGUUCCCCGAGCCCUGGCUGGACAGUGAGGCCCAAGCAAAGCCUGACAGGAGACUCAGGCGACAGCUCAACUUCAUUCAAACAAAAUUAGUGGAUGUUCUGCACCCCCAACCAAUAGUGGACACAAUGAAGGAAGAAGAAAGGUAUGGCAAUACAGUGGAGCACACGUUUGGCAAAAAAGUCGUCAGGGCAAUUGAAAGCCUUUCCAAAGUUAUCAACACUGCUUUCGAAUUUCCGGUGAACACAGUUAAGAAAGCAACGAAAAGUGCAACUGAAGCUCUCAACGCAAUUGGAGGAAAAAUAGUAGGACUUCAAAAGUGAUGAAGACAUUGAGUAUCUUUGUCAGCUCAGGGAAUGAAGAACAAGCAUAUUCCGCUUUCAAGAUUUUGCGGAAAGUAUAAUGUGAUAAUAGUUUCCAAAAAUACAUUGUGAGGUAUAUUUACGAGCAGUUACAUCAAAGGGAUCAAUCAAAGGAAGAUGGAGAAUUAAAGAGUGAGGAGAGGAGCCGAAAUUGAUUCAUUCAAUUCUACGUAUAUUAUUUUAAUCAAAAUAUGAACAUAUAGUUGAAAUACAUGUGAAUUGGUGAACUAUUGGACUUGUGAAUAUAGUUUACAUGUAGUACACAAUAGUUUACACGUUCAAUCAAAAUUCAGUGAAUUCUACCAACCCGCAUUGGAUAAAUUUGAGCGCUUCAUUAACCGGAUCACGAGUUCUUUACAAAUAAUUCAAAGAUUUGACUGCAAAAAUGUGCCUUAAAACUUCAGUGAACUUCAUAGAACGGUUACUGAAUUUUACAAAUAUAGCUUAUAUAUAAAAAGUGUAGGAGAUACAACAAGAAAAGGAGUUGAAAAUCAAAUAUUUAUUAGCAAAGCUAUCAAUAACUUUAAUGGUAGAAGAACAUAAAUAAGGUAACUUUACAAUCUUUAUCGUUAUAGAUUUCAUUGGUAAACUUCAAUAAAUUUUUGUCCCAAUCUCAUCUGACAUACUUUCCGUUCAUAAUUUUUUUUGCAUCAUUAUUGGUAAAUAUAAUGAUAUUAAAAUUGAUAAAUUUUCGAGUCUAGUCGAAGUAAAUUAUACACAAAUUAGUUGACGAUUGUAAUAAAUAGGAUUAAAUGAAGUUGGCCGUCAGAAAAUUGCUUGCCAAACCCCACAUCUUGCUGCCAUAUUUUGAAUAUGUAAGCUAGUAGUUAGUUAUAGUUCUUUGGUGAUCAAUUUUCAAUCUUGGAACAUUGAACCGCUGAUUUUAAUGUCUGGUAACAUUCAUAAUAAUUAAUAUUACUGAGGGCAAUAGUGUCGAAUCAUUAAUUACUUAAGACUCCCAAAUAAUUAUGCUAUGAAAAUGUUUCAAUUUUUUCUUAGUUCAAUAUUAUUUUCUUAAGCAUGAAAAUUUCCAAAAAUAAAUUUCCUCACCAAAUUCUAGGGUUGUGAAAAAUAAUUGGAUGAUUAAUAAUGUUGAUAGAGAUGUAAAAGCUUUGUACCAUAAAACUGUAACAAUGAUAAAUAAAUUAUUACUCUAGCAUUACUCAACCUAAA